AGGAUUUUUGGUGACAUUUUGAUACGUUUUGAUUUGUUCAACCGUCGUGUGAGCAAGCUGCAGCAUGGACAGAUCCAGGCUGAUGAAAUCUCUUCAGAUGGUUGGGGAAGUGUCGCAAGGACAGUAUGUACCAGAUCUGGCCCACGGGUCAAAUAUUGGAAAUGGAGCCUGAAGAAUGCAGUCUGACCUUCCGCAGGUUUCCGCGUCGUAUCUUCCGAGACAUCUGCCUAUUAUCGAAUGAAUAAUGAGUCUGCGAAAUCCAAACUUUCUCCGGUUUUUCUUCCUUGUGGUCGGCGUUUUGCCGGUUAUCUUUUACUCUCUCACUGUGACGGGUUUUUCAUUGUACACGUUUUGCCUACUCGUUGUCUACGUGUCGUGGCGGCGUUUGGAACAUAAAGAUGGGGCCAGGACUGGGGUGGAGCCAGGUUCACCCAGUGAAUUCUGCGUUGGAAAAUGUUAUAUCCGAUGAUUCGGUUAAAAUGAUUCAUGAAUCGAGUGGAAAAAGGUGUAUCCCUAGUUCGCACGAAAAGUUCCCCGUGACUUAUCGUUGCUCUAUGAACCUCGACGAAGACGAAACCCCCUUUUCCGCAACCGAUCGGUUCAUGUCCGAGUCGGAGCGUCAGUUGAUGGAGGAAAUACGAAAGAGAAGCAAAUAUUGUCGAUGUUUUCUACCUUCGGACAUGACAUGGGGAAAAGCUCAUUGUUGCGGAUGUCGACUCCUGGCGACGAAUCAGAGUUGUUGCCUUCCUUCGGCCAUGUCGAAGAUGGCGCAAACGCUGUCUGUUGACCGUUGGUGGACGCCACCGUGUUGUCCACCGAAUUCGCCGCCCAAGCCGACCACGUGUCCGCCUUUGCCUCCUGUUGGUGCCCCGGAGGAAACAUCGUCGUGUUGUCCGAAACCGUGUCCACCGAAGCCUAAAUCUUGUCCACCGAAGCCGAAACCGUGUCCUCCGAAGCCUUGUCCUCCGAAACCGUGUCCUCCGAAACCGUGUCCUGAGAAAAAGAAGAAAAAAUGUUGUCCCCCGUGUGUCAAACCGUGUCCGGACGAGGAUCGUCCGAAACCCACGACGGAAUUGUGUCCGUUACCACGUCCGUUUCCUCCGGAAAUCCCAGAGGACAAGGCUCCUUGUCCGUGUCCCGAGCCGGAACCGGAACCAUGUCCUCGUCCCAAACCGAAACCGUGUCCAGCAGAAAAGGAACCCGAGCCGCCGUGUCCCCCGAUAGAACCACCUUGUCCCAAGAAGAAGAAGCGAAAGACUUGUCCUCUGGAGGCUAACAAAACUUCUGAUAUGGAUAGUCCGUUGGACACGAAGACCGACGAUCAAAAGAAUGCUUUGGUUGCUGAGGAGAAAAAAUCGGAAUUGCAGAGAGGCGAAAACGCUGCUCGUGGUUCUAGCCCGGUGAACGCGAAGAAGGUUGAACAAAAGGAUGCUCCUGAUGCGAAGCAGGAAAGGAAAUCCAGUUUCAAUAAAGAUGAAAUCAAGGAAGAUAAUUCCUCGCGCCACAUCAAGAUCGUGACGAAGUCGAAACUCCCAGUUUCCCAUAUCAUUGUUGAGAAGACCCCGUUCAGCGCUGCCGAAGACGAAGAAGAAUACUCUGAUUGCGAAGCCACUCGUCGUCUUCUCAGCGAUAAACUCAAAGAAGUUUCGUUUGAAUGCGACGAUCCCGACAGCGGGUCACUCGAUGACCUAGCUGAAAUCACGAGCAAGCGAGGUCGAGACGAUGAAAAGGAAGAACAGUUUUCUGACGCGGGGGAACCUUUGCGAAUGAAUUUCGAGCAGUCGGCGUGUUGUCGCUAUUGCGGCAAAUUUUAUCCGGACCCAGUGACCAAAUACCCUUCCCCGGGUUCUUCCAAAACCACGAGUUCGUGCUCUUCUGUCGCGAGUUUGGCUUCGGAUUGUUCCGAAAAUUCCAAGAAUCAGAGGCGGAGAAAUAAUGUUCAUUUAUCGCUCUUGAUGGACCCGCUGUCUGAUCAGACCAACAAUCGACGAGAUGUUGACGGACUGCAGAAUAAUGAAUCUGAAUCGUGUCAGCCCAGGGCAUUGAAUGAUGCGCCUAAUUUUGGCGGGAAUUUAUUCGCCAGUGGGUGGGAACGCAGUCCUGCAAAGCGAACCUGGUUCCAAAUGAGCGAAAAAUCGGAUUUUGUGGAUCAUGGUGAUCCUGUUUUGUCCAGUGAGGAUGAAGUCAUGUCUCAUUUGAUGGGGCUUUGUGCACAACUGGGACUUGGAUACAUUGAAGCAGACAUGGCUUCCUGGGGUCUUCCUUUGCUGGCUACGAAUGUGAAGGUGUUCGCUGAGCACCUGGAAGCGAAAUUUCCAGACGAGAUGGACCAGGCUUUUGUAGUCCUCAGAAACGCUUGUUGUGACAUGCGUCUUCCGGUAACGAGUAGACUGAAAUUCUUGGAGCUUGUGGAACUUCGUGCGAGGAAGUGGAGCCAAGAGGACCGAUCGAGAAACUUUUAUAGUAGCAUGGCCAAGCAUUUUCCGGAGGGAGCCAAGGAACAAGAAGCUGGUCUUCCAGCUGCCCAACAAACCUCCGCUUUUCCUGCUCGUUACAGUUUGUCUCAUUCUGUAUCUGCUCCUCAUCUGGCCCCAAUGAUGCUUGCAGCUGCUGCUGCGGGUUACCAACCGCAGCAAACUCUUGGUAACCUGCACGCAGGAUUGCAAACUAUUCUGACUUCCUCGCAGUCGACUAUUCCCGGCUCUUCAGUUGGUCAUUCGAGCUUGAACCAUGGGGAAGUCAUGAGGGGAUCUGGAAAGUAUCCUGCUGGACCAACCAAAGUUCCUGGAAAAAAUUAUUUUAGAGACGAGGUUGUGAUUCGAAAUGCGGACUCAGGGAAAGUGAUGGGGAUCAAAGGACGACGAGUUCACAUGAUCGAGCAAAUGAGCGAAACAGUGAUUUCUUUUCAGCGUGUGGCGCCAGGGACGAAAGACCGGUUGGUUCAGAUCACUGGUCCGGCCGAAGGGAACGUCCGUCGAGCCAAGCAAUUGAUUGAAGAAACAAUUUGUCGGAAUUCGUCUCCCAUGCAAUCUGACGAAGAGGCUGAUGAUGCGGGAGACCUAGAGGACGUGGGUUCCAGUGGUAGUGAAGUGGAUAUUUUACCAAGAGGGCGGUCGGAACUAUUGUCCUGCGAGGAAGAGAUUGAUGCUGUCGAAUCUGAAGCAAGUUUUAGCGUUACUGUCUUUGAGGGAAGUUCGAUAUGCUUCAAGAUGAUAGGACCAAAUCUGAGACUUCUCAAUAUGAGUAAAUUGGCGCUGGAGGAAUUAUUUGAGAAGAACCUGGACGAUUCGGGAUUCAAUUGUGACGGAUUGGACAACUUUAUGGAUCGGAUUGGCGAGUUCAAGAAAUGGUUCCAGAAACGAGAACAGAUCAAAGAAACGGUUCCUCGUUUGGUCUACACGAGGGAAUCCCUUCUAGAAAUAGCGAAGCAUCAGUUAUCGAUGGUGACCCCGGCUUGUUUGCCCUGGCUGGUUGAAAAUGCUCCUUGGAUUGUUCGUCAGGACCUGAGUUGGGAAGUUCGCGAUUGUUGGUCUGAACCGAGAGGGAAUAAUUUUAGUGAGUCGUCGUCGAGUGAAUCAGAUGCAGAAGAUCUGAAAGAUUUGAAGCCGAUUCCCCGUAUCCCGUCUAAGAUGACUACCUCCGAAAGACCUGAAUCAUUUAAUGAAGCAUCCGUUGCCAGCGGCAAAUCGGAGGUUCAGGGAAAAAAGGAAGAAGUCCUCACUGCGAAGGAUGGAUUUCCUGCGCAUUCAAGAAGCAGUUCAGUCUCAGUUCCUGUUAGUGUUGCGAAUAAAACGAAAUUAGUGCCUGUUAGACUGCCGUCAGCAAAAGUGCAAACGGGACUUUCCGUCACGAAAGUUCAGAGUCGAGUGAAACCCGCAUCGAAGGCUGUCACUGUUUCUGCCGCCGAAUCCCUUGCCGCCAAAGUUGAUGCGAUGCUUCGGAAGCGCCCCGCAAAUCCCCGGGCCACAAAUGGCUCUGAUCGGGUUUCUACUCGCAAUAUCCCAAAAUCCCGAAGCUCCGAUGAAUGACAGUGGAUAUGGAAUCCCCUGAAAUUUUGAAUAACGGCUUCCCGCUUUGACUUAAUACAGCAUCUCUCCUCUUUUUUGUCCUCAAGUUUCGCUUUUCACUGCUGAAUUCUGAUUCGACGCGAUUAACCUGUAAACGUAAGGAUACCAUCGCAUCGUGCUCAAUGUUGUUCUUUGUUGUGUUCAUUUGGCAUUAUCUGGAAUACAGUAUAUCACCGAAAAUGCUGGUUCACGUGAAGGCGACUUACGUGAUGACUCAAAGUCUUCGAAAGUAAUAACGAUCAGGUGUCCAGAAAUUUUACUGCACUGUGGAAGUUCUAAUUUAUGAAAAGUGAUUCCAUGUCGGUAGGUGUCACUAGCUGUGGGAUACUUUUCGUGUUACUCUGAGUCAUGCCACUUUGCAUCUGUCUCGGGACUUUUACUACGCAUGCAGCAAGUUCACGAAUAAACCAGAUGAGGAAAAGAGUUGAUUCAGAUUGUCAGACGUUAUUACUUCUAAAAAUACUGUUAUCAUUCAUGUCCAGUUUUAUGAUUUUAUUCGCCUUAUGUUUGUCGCGUGGUAUCGGAAAUCUGUAAAGCCAGAUUAAAUUACAGUUGGCAAAUUUCAGAGAUACAUACGAGAACUGUCCUUGUUAUCCGUGCUUUUAAAUUGUAAGAACGAAUAGGAAAACGUUCAAGAGCAAUUUAAACGAUGUUCAUUAGCUCUAAUUAUUCGGUAUAUAUGCAGGUAUUGAUGGUUAAAAAUCGGUAUGAAAAUUAUCACGAAAAAUCCACCCUUUUUUCAAGUUGUGAUUGAAGGGUUGAAAAAAGGGGGGACAAUACCCAGAACCCGUCGCGCGUUCAAAACCUUGUCAAAUUAUUCCCCC